GAAAAAGGUCGCGGAUAGGUUCCUUAUCCGACCUCCACCAAACCACCAACUACUGCUACUAUACUAUACACUCAAUUCAACAUCAAAACUUGAAUCCAGAAGAAAACACCUGAUCGAGAAAAGAAGCAGAUCGACCUAGAGAGAAGAAAAGUAUGGCGUCUCUGAGCUUUACAGCUUUCAGUUUGAGUUCGAAACCAUCAUCUUGCAGCGUUCGGAUGUCAAAAAGAUCACCAAGGCAGCUUCAAUCGGCGGCGGCAGGUACAGCCGCGCCCAGCCCUAGCGGCGGCAGCGGGGGAGCGAAGUACAAGGGAACGCACAUGAGGGAGACGAAGCUGGCGGAGAUGAUCGAGAAGAAGGUGAUAGAAGCCAAGGAGAUAUGCGGGGAGGACGAGACUUCGGACGAGUGCAAGGUGGCUUGGGACGAGGUGGAAGAGGUGAGCCAGGCCAAGGCCGAUCUCCGCCUCAAGCUUCAGAAGAAACAAGAUCCUCUCGAAUUCUUCUGCCAGGACCACCCCGAAACCGACGAGUGUGCCAUCCCCGACGAAGAAGAAGAAGAAGAUUGAUGUGAUGCUCCUCAAUUGGAAUUGAAAUUGACGAUUUCAUCUCCCAUGUAAGCUAUUGUAAUAACUGUAAGUGUGCUUUUGUUUGAUAAGAUUCCAUAUUACGACUGUAUGAUGCAUAAAUCAAAACCACCGUUCCUGCUUGUAUUGUAUAACUUAACCGUUUCCUUCCAUCUCUGUAUACUCCCUAUCUGUUUCGCAAAUCAUCCCCGCCGGAGAUCGCUUUUGAGACCCGCCGGUACCCUAGCCAACAGCCAGGGCAUAGCCGAUUUUGGUCUGGCCUUCGCUUCCGUUCCUAAGUAAUGGGCUUCUUUGCUCGUUUAGCGGACCAGGCCUUUGUGUUUGUUCGCUAGUCAAAUUUGGGCCUGUUCGCUGGCAAAUUCUU